AUAAGAAGACAAAAAUGAGAAAAAUAACUUUAAUUGGUUCUUCAGAAAUUUUAAAUGACAAUCUUCCAAAUGAACACUUAAAAAAAAUAUUUUUAUAUUAUAGUAGUUUACGUUACAUUGUCUUCGAAAAUUUUAUAAAAUUGGAAGAAUUAAUAAUUGCAGAUUGUUACGAUUUUGAUAUCAAAACAGUUUCU